GAGUGACAUUUUUUUUUGACUGCACUCGAACGCAUCAUAGACAUGCAGGGUAACCGGGGCGGUUCUAGUAUGUUUGAUAGAGCUGGGCGUGGGUCUGCACUCCUCAUCUCGUCUCUGCUCUGUUUGGAAGCACAUUGUUCAACGCGGGCUCAUCAUACCUAGAAUCUGUGAAUGCUUUGGUGCGUUUUAGCCAUUGAAAAAAAAUCAAACAUUCAUAAAGGAAAAAAUAAGGAAGACGCAGAUACCUGAACACUGUGAGACGAAGCUCAGGAACAUUUUGUUUUGUCCAGAGAACCAACGGAAUUGAAAGAUUUUUUUCUUCCUCUCCGGCAGACGAAACGUUGCUCUUGCCGCUAAUUAGACCUCUGCUGGUUUGGUGUUUGGUGGGCAGUGGUGGCAAAGAUGACGGAGUAUAAGCUGGUGGUGGUUGGAGCUGGAGGUGUGGGCAAGAGUGCACUCACCAUUCAGCUCAUCCAGAACCACUUUGUGGAUGAAUAUGACCCUACCAUAGAGGACUCGUACCGGAAGCAAGUGGUGAUUGAUGGAGAGACCUGCCUUCUUGACAUCCUGGACACUGCAGGUCAGGAAGAGUACAGCGCCAUGAGGGAUCAGUACAUGAGAACUGGGGAGGGCUUCCUCUGCGUUUUUGCCAUCAACAACACCAAGUCUUUUGAGGACAUUCACCAGUACAGAGAACAGAUUAAACGGGUGAAGGACUCUGAUGAUGUACCCAUGGUGCUUGUGGGAAACAAAUGUGACCUCCCAGCACGAACGGUGGACACAAGGCAAGCUCAGGACCUAGCUCGCUCCUACGGCAUCCCUUACAUUGAAACCUCUGCCAAAACACGACAGGGAGUAGAGGAUGCCUUCUACACACUGGUAAGGGAGAUCAGGCAGCAUAAGCUGAGGAAGCUGAACCCACCGGAUGAGAGCGGUCAGGACUGUAUGAGCUGUCGAUGUGUGGUAUCAUGAUGCAGCUCUCCGUUACAUGCUGAGGAGAAAUGCUACAGCUCGAAGUGGCAGCAUGGACUUGAGGACAGAAAGAUAAAACAACUUAUAGAUGAAAUAUGAACUUUAUCAAAAAGAGGAUGAUUGAAGCAAAACUUCACAAGGAAACCACCAGAACCAUAAACUUUAUAGAGAAGAGGAUUUUGAACAGUUGCCUAAGUGGCUUGCUGAAGUAGUCUGGUCUGGUCCCACCCAACACCUCCUUUUUUUUUUUUUUUUUUUUUUUUUUUUUUUUUUUUUUUCUUUUUUUGAGAGGGGGGGGUUCUGCAUCGACAUGUGAGCAACACCACUAAUGACUCUUAAACUGGGUUGCUCCCCAUUUUUUUCUCCUGUUAACUUAUUGUUUUCAGUCUCAACACUGGUUGUUAAGGGGGUGUCUCUUACCUCCUCCUGCCUUGAAGCCUGACCCCCGCCCCCUCCCUGCUGCCUAGCCGCUGAAAAGACUGAAUGAUUUUUAAAUGGAAAGGACUGGAAUGGUCAUAACUCCCCUAACACCUCUCACAUGAAAUGAACCACUUCCCUUCCUCACUGUACCUGUGUCUGGUUUCUGUGAAUGGCUUCUGUCAUUGUAUUGGACACAGUGACAGCAGCGUGGAGGUUUAUGUGGUCAAGACUGUAAAUUUUUUGUUGUUUAACAGUUAGUUUAUGCUGUAAAAGAAAAAAAAAAGGUUUUUGAUAUGAAUCUUUUCCCCAUUUUCUAUAGUUGGUAGAUUUGAAAGCCACUGACUACUGUAAGUGAAAAGAGGUGCUUGCCUAAGAAGACACCAGGUUUGAUAUUUUUCAUUUUUAUUUACCUUGAGACAGUUGAAGUUCCUUCUGGAAUAAAUGUCUUGAAAGGAGGACAUAAAUAGCUCUCCAGGAUGCAUCUACCUUGACUAUUUACAGAUGUUUCGUUGUGAGGUGUCUUUGCAAAAUAAUAAUUGUAAUGGCUAAUGUACGUAGGUUCUGGUGCAAUAGGACUCUACUUUCCAAACUUCACCUAGUGUUGAGAAUAAAACAUCUCUCACAACUA